GACACGUAGCUGGUGGGAUUGCGCCAUGGCCUGGACCCCUCUCCUCCUGGCGGUGCUCGCCCAUGUCUCAGGUUCCCUGGUCCAGGCAGCGCUGACUCAGCAGCCCGAGGUGUCAGUGGAUGUGGGAAAAACCGUCCGCAUCACCUGCUCCGGGCUUAGCAGCAGCAGUGCUGUUGGCUGGUACCAGCAGAAGGUCCCUGGCACUGCCCCUGUCACUGUGAUCUACGAUAGCACCAAGAGACCCUCGAACAUCCCUCCGCGAUUCUCCGGAUCCAAGUCUGGCUCCACGGGCACGUUAACCAUCACUGGGGUCCAAGCUGAGGAUGAGGCCGUCUAUUUCUGUGGUGGCUCCGACGGCAGCAAUGCUGGUGUAGUGACACAGAGAGGUUCCCUGGUCCAGGCAGCGCUGACUCAGCAGCCGACCGAGGUGUCAGUGGAUGUGGGAAAAACCGUCUCCAUCACCUGCUCCGGGAGCAGCAACAGCUAUGGCUGGUUCCAGCAGAAGGUCCCUGGCACUGCCCCUGUCACUGUGAUCUACACUAACGACAAGAGACCCUCGAACAUCCCUCCGCGAUUCUCCGGAUCCAAGUCUGGCUCCACGGGCACGUUAACCAUCACUGGGGUCCAAGCCGAGGACGAGGCCGUCUAUUUCUGUGGUGGCUACGACGGCAGCAAUUAUAUUCCCACAGUGGCACGGAGCAAUGGGGAAAUGGUCAUCGGUUGCAGAUAA